AGGCAGCGGUAACCGUCCCAGUUUAAUUCAUUUAUGGAGCAAUAUCAGCAGUUGGUUUUGGGGAUCGACUCUGCAUAUUUCGCAUUAACCAGAAUAAAGAAACCUGUUCAGAAUGAGUUGGUAAAAAUGACUGUAGUGGUUGUGGUUUCCAUACAUUGAAUGGUCAGAUGCCAACACUGAAUGAAAGGGGAAGUUCGUAAUGAUGUCCCUUGUGGCCGAUGAGCCUCAUCUGUGUCGCACCAGACUCGGGACGGUGGCACGCGCCGAGUAAACAAUCCAAAACAAAGCCCAGCGCGUGCCAGGCCUUUUGGGACCCGGAGCUACAGACAACAAACACCGACGAACAAAGGGUGGGGGCCCAGGGGGCUACACCUCGGCUUUCCCCCAACCUCUGGGCCACCUUUUUGCAUUAAUAUGUUUUCCUUUUCAUCGACGCCUUGGUUAAUGAUAUGCAUUAUUUGCCACACUGCAUACAUCAAUUAGCUCGGACCGAGUGUACAUAAGUAACAGCAUCUUCAUUUCGGAAUCAGUGACGAGACGUGUCAUCAAGUUGAGUGAGUAUCGAAGAGAAAUUGUGUCAACCACCCGGGACCUUGAAGCUCUAGCCUGAGAUUCUACAUCAUUUAUUAAGAGCAAACACUCAAAUUUAAUUCACUCCUGUUCCACCGGUAGACAAAAUGCCGAGGGGAUUUUUGGUGAAGCGAAACAAGGACUUUGCAGCCGUGUCGUAUCGUUCCAGAUGCCUCGACUACGAUGGUGAUCCGUGGGGAGGACUCGCACCAGACACGGGCAGUGGACUGGCCGUGCACGCGGUGCACUGCUUCAGGAGUUACCCCUACGAUUCACCGGACUCUGGCUACGGGAGCAGUCCAGCAACACCAGUCGCCGGGGAGCAAACCUUCACGACUCAAGCUCCGUCACCCUCAAAUGUCUUGACUCCCGUGAGUUGUCACACAUGGAGCGCCUCCUCAUCGCAUGGACUACUUCACCAAACGUCCAGAAACAUUGAUGAAAAUAAUCGAAUUUUCAAGCCAAUUUUAAAAAUACCUACUACCCCAGUGACGAAAUCAACUCCGACCAAGUGUUCCACGAUUCGAAAACGACCCCGCCCAUCCACCGACAGGUCCGGAGACAGCGCCACAAAACCGCGCCGUGACACGGCCAAGAAGCCAAAGGCUGCCCGCAAAAUCAACUUCGACAGGGACGACCAGUCCCCGAUACUUGGCACUUUCAUACGGGCAGCUGGCUGUGAUAUUCAAGAGAAGGACGGGGAGAGUAAGGCAACGGCUGGAUCGAUCCCAGACUGCGGUCAACCGAGAGGCCUGUUCGUCUGCAAACUAUGCAAGCAGGACUAUCACGACCCGCUCUCGCUGGCCCAGCAUCAAUGCUCCCGUAUCGCAAACGUCGUGUACCAGUGCCCGGAGUGCGAUAAAGUCUUCAACUGUCACGCCAACUUGGCCUCCCACCGUCGCUGGCACAAGCCAAGACCCGUCAGUGAUCUACCUAUAAACUCCCCCUCCUUCCUCCCUGCUUCCCCAGAAUCGAAGUACCCCGGUACGGGAAGUGCAGGCAGCAGUCCCCGUAGCACACCCAGCCCCACCGGUGACACCACGGGCCGGUCGUCGCCCUACCAGUGCGAGCACUGCGGCAAGACGUACCAGCGGCCGGCCAACCUCCGCCGGCAUCUACGGCGUCACGGUGAGUCGGAGACGCAUUCGUGCUUCACUUGCGGGCAGACGUUCAACAGCUUGACGGAAAGGGCCAAGCAUGUUCUCUCCCAAGCCUGUCAGGACAAUGAAGAUAGUAUAGCUGAACUUUCUGGGGUCCUUUCUAGAUAAUGAACAUCGCAAACUUUACCUGUUGAAUUUAGUUUGAUGUGUGUAUGUUUUAUUCAUUAUUAAUUUUUACAUUUAAUUGCCUCUGGUUCAGCUGUGAUGUGAGGGAUAUCUAACGGCUCAAAUUCUAAGAAAGUACAUGUAUAGUCAUACCUGCAAAUUUGAACAACUUCAGCAAAAUCAUUGGUCCACUGUAAGACACAUCCUUCCGCACAAAAUCAAUUAGGCCUAAGUUUUAUUUCAAUGACUGUUUUUCAAUAGAUAUGGUUUUAAGUAGCACAGUUGUAUCCCCUCAAAACAAAAAUCGUUAGAUUUUGUUUCGAUUUUUAUUGUGGGUUUCAUUUUUUUUAAAGCUGUCAUGCUUAUUCUACCUUAUGAUGUCCGUUUCAUUCAUUUUCCUUUUUUGAUUUUUUUUUUCACUCGGUACACUGUCUUGAAAUUAACAGCUGUUUUGUGACCAAAAGUUACAGACCCUACUGUUGAUUGUCAAAAUUGGACAAAGAUAUACCAAAAAUUCGGUGUUCAAUUAAAAAUAAAAAGAGAAACAAAGAAUAUAUUUUUAAAAAAUCUGUUUAAACGGAGGUUGGAAUGAGUACACAAACUAAAACAAAAUCAAAAAAUCUGUUUAAAUUAAAAUCACACGCAAGAACGUGAAUACGAACAGACAACAUAAUUUUUUUUUUACCAUAGUCUCGAAGGCUGUUGCUAACUUGAAAUAUUAAAUUUACUAAUUUAAACUGUAAAGUAAGAUUUUGAAAUCAAAAUAAGUGGAGCCUACCACGGCUUACUCCUAAAUGGGAUACCACCAACUGACAUAACUGAACGGUGAGUUUCUAAAUUUAAUUUGAAAGCUAUGGACGCAGUCUAUGUGCAUCAUUAUGAUUUUUAAACAUUGUUUAUGAAAAUGGAUUUUGUAAGAAUUAUUAUUAAUUAUUAAAUCAACUCCGGAAUGUAUGUGCUAAUGA